AUGAGCGGGAAAAGCUGCUUCAAGUGUGGACGCACUGGUCACUGGGCCCGGGAUUGUCCUAAGGGAGUCACUCGGGGGCGAACACCAAGAAGUCAUACCAGAGCUCCCCAGUGCAGCUCCGCCACCCAGUCCAACAUCUGUUAUCGCUGUGGUGAAAGCGGGCAUUACGCCAAGGACUGCGAUCUUCUCCAGGACACCUGCUAUAACUGCGGGUUAAGAGGCCACAUCGCUAAAGACUGUACCCAGACUAAACGAGAGAGGGAUCUGUGCUGUUACAUCUGCAGCCGUCCUGGUCAUCUGGCUCGCGACUGCGACCGUCAGGAAGAACAGAAGUGCUACACUUGCGGCGAAUUUGGCCACAUCCAGAAAGACUGCAUCCAGAUCACGUGCUACAGAUGUGGCGAGAACGGCCAUAUAGCAGGGAACUGUAGCAAGGCAAGUGAAGUUAGCUGUUACCGCUGUGGUGAGUCAGGACAUCUAGCCUGGGAAUGCCCCAUUGAGGCUACUGCUUAG